ACAUCGUCUUCAGACAUGGCAAAGGAGGGCACGGAGAUCGCCGAAGAGACCGAGCAAAUGAUAGACCAGAAGGAGCCGGAGAAUCCCGUCUCUGCGGUGGUAGAUUCAAAAGAAAUGCGGGCUGUGGUUUUGACGGGCUUUGGUGGACUAAACAAACUCAAAGUCACCAAGAAACCAAUGCCAGAGCCACAAGAAGGAGAAGUCAAAAUUCGCGUGAAAGCAUGUGGAUUGAACUUUCUUGAUCUAAUGGUACGUCAAGGAAAUAUUGAUAAUCCUCCAAAGACACCUCUUGUGCCUGGAUUUGAGUGUUCUGGGAUUGUGGAGUCUGUGGGAGAGAACACCAAAGGCUUCGAGAUCGGCGAUAGAGUGAUGGCCUUUGUAAACUACAAUGCCUGGGCAGAGGUCGUAUGCUCACCGCUAGAUUUCGUGUUUAAGAUCCCAGACGACAUGACAUUCCCAGAGGCGGCUGCCUUCUCAUUGAACUUUGUGGCUGCCUACAUGAUGCUGUUUGAAGUGGCCAAUCUCCGGGAGGGGAUGUCUGUAUUAGUGCACUCAGCAGGAGGUGGGGUGGUAAGUCUGUUGCCUUGAGCGAUAGAGUUAGCAAAGAAACUUUGAAGUAGCAGAGAUUAAACUUGCAGUUAAGUACAGACUUACAGAUCCCAUACUGCUGUUUCGCUCUCUGACCUAAAAGGGCUAUGUAGGAGUUCAUAGCUCAUGCAUGGAAAAAAUAUAUUUACUCAUGGUUUACUCACCCUGAAGUGAGUAUCUUUACUGCAUUGAACACAAAGGAAAUGGUAAACCUCUGACAUCCAUAGUAAAUGAAGAAGUACUAUGGUAAUCAGUGUCUAUCUAAAAGAUGUGGCAUUGUGUAACAAUAAAUAACUGCUUGAUACAGUU